UUGUAAUUCUGCUGUCGAUGAGAUAUAACAAAAAAUUUAUGUUUUACAGGUUCAAGUAUGGCCGAAGAAGUCAUAUCCAAUAGAAAAGAGGGCUUAAUUUAUUUCAUGUUGAGAUACAACUUAUCAUCUAUAGGAUCUAUGGUUUUGUCAGCUUGCAAAGAAAAUAACCCAGAGAUUGCAAACGAAGUAGAGAAUGACGCUAUGGAAGUUUUGAAAUGCUUGUCCGCCAAGAAGGAAAAACCUAAUUACAAAACAUUGAUCGAGUGUUCCAAAGAUAUAGCGAACAAGACUGAAAAAUGCUUGAAUGAAAAAUAUCUUCCUAAAUUUUUGUUGGAUUUUGCAAAGGUUAAAUAUGAGGCGGGUGAUCUGGCAAUUAAUUCUGAUACUAAAGCUUGUUCAGAAGUGCUCAAUACGGGAGUGCACGACGAAGAAAUUCGAAACUGUGUAGCAAAAUAUGACAAUGGCGGCAUACCUGCAUCAAAGGCUGAGCUAUGCGAGCUUAUCAUUCCUGCAGCGAAAUGUGUCACAGAUGCCCUGAAGAACCACUGCGAAAACAAUCCUUCUACUACUGAAAUCUAUAACAAAGCAACUAAAACCUUCAGCAACCUUUGUAAAUCAGAAAAUUGAAACAAUAUUUUCUUUUCUAUCUAAAAUUUGGCAUUAAAUGACAAUAAUAUCAUAACUCA